AGAAGAAGAAGAAGAAGAAGAAGAAGAAGAAGAAGAAGAAGCUUCUCUUGUUUGUUGGUGUGCUUUCGUCUCUUGGCCGGCGGGGGGCGCAGUUUCCCACGCAGCAGCAGCAGCCGGCUCGUUUUGGCUGAAUCAUUUCACCCAUCAUACCCAGAAUGCAAAGUGAGACGCCGAAACCUCAGCAGCAGCAGCAGCAGCCCCGAGCUUUCCAGGUUAUCAUGGCGAUAAGAGACUCAUCUUCAUCUUGAAGCCUCGCAGCGACAAAAGGAUUUCCCCUUCCUCCUCCUCUUCCUCCGCUUCAUGACAACACACACCGGGUCUCAUGCAGCCAGGAGACCUGCCGGAGUUUUAGCCCAGAUUUGGAGAAAGGACAUAGCGAGUGACCGUCAUGGCAGCGUCGGAGCUGUACACAAAGUGUGCUCGGGUGUGGAUCCCCGAUGCAGAGGAAGUGUGGAAGUCUGCUGAGCUCAUCAAGGACUACAAAAAUGGCGACGCCUCCUUGCAGCUCAUGCUGGAGGAUGGAAAGAGCAUUGAGCACACGCUUGACCCCAAGACAAAGAAUCUGCCUUACCUGCGAAAUCCCGACAUCUUGGUGGGCGAGAAUGACCUCACAGCGCUCAGCUACCUCCACGAGCCGGCCGUGCUGCACAACCUCAAAGUCCGCUUCGUCGACUCCAAGCUCAUCUACACUUACUGCGGAAUCGUUCUGGUGGCCAUCAACCCGUACGAGACGCUGCCGAUCUACGGCUCGGACAUCAUCAAUGCCUACAGCGGUCAGAACAUGGGCGACAUGGACCCACACAUCUUCGCUGUGGCAGAGGAGGCUUACAAACAGAUGGCCAGGGAUGAGAGGAACCAGUCGAUCAUUGUGAGCGGGGAGUCCGGAGCAGGAAAGACGGUAUCAGCCAAAUACGCCAUGAGAUACUUUGCUACGGUCAGCGGCUCUGCCAGCGAGGCCAACGUGGAGGAGAAAGUCUUGGCUUCCAACCCCAUCAUGGAGGCUAUUGGAAAUGCAAAGACCACCAGAAAUGACAACAGCAGUCGGUUCGGGAAGUACAUCGAGAUCGGCUUCGACAACCGCUACCGAAUCAUCGGCGCCAACAUGAGAACAUAUCUGCUGGAGAAAUCACGAGUGGUGUUUCAGGCGGACGAGGAGAGGAAUUAUCAUAUCUUCUAUCAGCUCUGUGCAUCAUCGCAUCUACCUGAGCUCAAGAACCUGAAGCUGAGCAGUGCAAACGACUUCUUGUACACCAGGCAGGGCCGCAGCCCCGUUAUCAUCGGCGUGGACGACACCAAGGAGCUUUGCACCACUCGCAAUGCCUUCACACUGCUCGGUAUUAAUGAGUCCUAUCAGAUGGGGCUGUUCCAGGUUUUGGCUGCUAUUCUUCAUCUGGGCAACGUGGAGAUAAAGGACAGAGACUCGGACAGCAGCGUCAUUCCUCCCAACAAUUGCCACUUGAUGGCUUUUUGCGAGCUGGUAGGCGUGACCUACCAGGACAUGUCUCAGUGGCUGUGCCACAGGAAGCUGAAGACGGCUACAGAGACGUAUGUCAAGACCCUGCCCCGCUUGCAGGCCACCAACGCCCGUGACGCCCUGUCCAAACAUAUCUACGCCAAGCUCUUCAACUGGAUUGUAGAGCACGUCAACAAAGCCCUGAUCACCAACGUCAAACAGCACUCCUUCAUCGGGGUCCUCGACAUCUACGGGUUUGAGACGUUUGAGAUCAACAGCUUUGAGCAGUUCUGUAUCAACUACGCUAACGAGAAACUCCAGCAGCAGUUCAACAUGCAUGUGUUCAAGCUGGAACAGGAGGAGUACAUGAAGGAGCAGAUCCCCUGGACUCUGAUCGACUUCUACGACAAUCAGCCCUGCAUCAACCUCAUAGAGGCCAAGAUGGGCAUCCUGGACCUGCUGGACGAGGAGUGCAAGAUGCCUAAAGGUUCGGAUGAUUCGUGGGCUCAGAAACUUUACAACACCCACCUGAAGACCUGCUCGCUCUUCGAGAAGCCGCGCAUGUCCAACCGCGCCUUCAUCAUCCAACAUUUUGCUGACAAGGUGGAGUACCAGUGUGAAGGCUUCCUGGCGAAGAACAAGGACACGGUGAAUGAAGAGCAGAUCAAUGUGCUGAAGGCCAGCAAGAAGUUCAACCUGCUGGUGGAGCUGUUCCAUGACGAGGAGAAAGCUACCAGCCCCACCGGUCAGGUCCCAGGAACCGGUGGCCGGACCCGCCUCAGCAUCAAACCUGACAAGAGCCGAGAGAAGAGCAGCAAGGAGCACAAGAAGACCGUCGGCUGCCAGUUUCGUAACUCUCUGCAAAUGCUGAUGGAGACUUUGAAUGCGACCACUCCACACUACGUACGCUGCAUCAAACCCAAUGACUUCAAGAUGGCCUUCACGUUUGAUCCCAAACGUGCGGUGCAGCAGCUCAGAGCCUGUGGCGUCCUGGAAACCAUCCGCAUCUCUGCUGCAGGUUUCCCGUCCAGAUGGACGUAUCAGGAGUUCUUCAGCCGUUACAGAGUGCUGAUGAAGCAGAAGGACGUGUUACCUGACAAGAAGUUGACCUGCAGGAACGUUCUUGAGAAACUUGUUCAGGACCAGGAUAAAUACCAGUUUGGUAAAACCAAGAUAUUCUUCAGGGCUGGCCAGGUCGCCUACUUGGAGAAGUUGAGGGCAGACAAGUUGCGUGCUGCCUGCAUUCGCAUCCAGAAAACCAUCCGCUGCUGGCUGGCGCGCAAGAAGUAUCUGCGCAAGCGUAGUGCUGCCAUCACCAUCCAGAGGUUCACCCGAGGAUACCAGGCUCGCUGUUUGGUCAAGUUCAUGCGUCGCACUCAGGCAGCCACCAUCAUCCAGAAGUAUCGCAGGAUGUAUGUGGAGAAGAAGCGCUACAGGCAGAAGCAGGCGGCUGCUCUUGCCAUGCAGACGAUCCUCAGAGCUUACAUCGCCCGGCAGAAGUACCAGUCGCUGCUGCGGGAGCACAAGGUGGUCAUCAUUCAGAAGCGCGUUCGUGGAUGGUUGGCUCGGUGCUGGUACAAACGCUGCCUCAUCGCCAUCGUCUACCUGCAGUGCUGCAUCCGCAGGAUGAGGGCCAGACGCGAGCUGAAGAAGCUGAAGAUCGAGGCUCGCUCAGUGGAGCACUUCAAGAAGCUCAACAAAGGCAUGGAAAACAAGAUCAUGCAGCUACAGAGGAGAAUCGACGAGCAGACGAGGGAAAACAAGUCGGUCAACGAGAAGCUGGUCGGUCUGGAGAGUUCCUACACGGUAGAGAGCGAGCGGUUGCGUGGCGAGCUAAACAGACUGCGCGGAGUGGAGGAGCAGGCGAAGAACAAAACCAACCAGGUGACCUCGCUGCUGGAGGAGCUGGAGAAGCUGAAGAAGGAGCUGAGUGUGACGCAGCAGGAGAAGAAGACCAUCGAGGACUGGGCGCACAACUACAGGGACGAAAUGGAGAAAAUGGUCUCGGAGCUGAAGGAGCAGAAUGGCACGCUGAAGAAAGACAAGGACGACUUGAACAGGUUGAUUCAGGAACAGAGUCAGCAGAUGACCGAGAAAAUGGCUCGUGCAAUCGUUCAGGAGACUCAGCAGCUGGAGACGGAUCUGAACGAGGAGCGCUCUCGCUACCAGAAUCUCCUGACAGAACACCUUCGCCUCGAGGAGAAAUACGACGACCUGAAGGAGGCGAUGGCGUCCUCGAAUGUCUCCAAGCCUGGCCACAGGAGAACAGAUUCCACCCACAGCAGCAACGAAUCAGAGUACACCUACAACUCAGAGUACGCCGAAUUGGAAGAAGGUUCCCGUGCCGCAGAAGAUGUGACCCGAGGAAUCGACACCUCGUUGACCCUCAAGCUGCAGAAACGUCUUACAGAACUGGAGCAAGAAAAGCAGUCGCUGCGCAACGAGCUGGAAAACAAAGAAGAGCAGUUCCAGCGGGCUAGAGCGAGGGAUGAUGCAGAGUUCAAGAAGGCUCGUGGUGCGGAGCUGGAGUACGAGUCCCUGAAGCGUCAAGAGCUGGAGUCCGAGAACAAGAAGCUGAAACACAACCUGGUGGAGAUGAGGCAAAGCCUGCUGGGCAACGCAGCCGCCAGCAGCGGGGCCCCGGGAUCCCCAGCGUACAAGGUGCUCCUGGAGCAGCUCAACUCCGCCUGCGAGGAGCUGGACGUCCGUAAGGAGGAGGUGCUGAUCCUGCGCUCGCAGCUGGUCAGCCAGAAGGAAGCCAUGCACCACAAGGAUGAGAAGGAGACCAUGACCGAGCCGUCUGUCUAUGCUGAGGAUGUGUCCAAACUGAAGGAUGCUGACGAACUGAAGCAGGCUUGCAUUGGCCUCAAAGACACCAACAGAUCCGCCGCUCCAGACUUCCAUAAGCUGAAUGAGGACGGAGAGCUGUGGCUGGUUAAUCAGGGCUUAAAGGAAACCAUCAGGUUACUGGAGCAUCAGCUGCAGACUCAGCGGAGAACCUACGACAGCGAGGUGGAGGCGUUGCGUGGCGAGCUGCAGAAUGUGAAGGAGGAGAACAACCGUCAGCAGCAGCUCUUGGCUCAAAACCUCCAGCUGCCUCCAGAGGCCCGAAUCGAAGCCAGUCUGCAGCACGAGAUCACCCGCCUCACCAACGAGAACCUGGAUCUAAUGGAGCAGCUGGAGAAGCAGGACCGAACCAUCCGCAAGCUGAAGAAGCAGCUCAAGGUUUACUCCAAGAGGAUUGGAGAGAUGGGAGCGGGUCAGACGGAGGGCCAGACGUCUCCAGGACAGAUGGUGGACGAGCCGAUCCACCCUGUCAACAUUCCGCGCAGGGAGAAAGAUUUCCAAGGAAUGCUCGAGUACAAGAAGGAGGACGAGCUGAAACUGGUCAAGAACCUCAUUCUGGAGCUGAAGCCUCGCGGUGUAGCCGUGAAUCUGAUCCCAGGUCUGCCAGCCUACAUCCUGUUCAUGUGUCUGAGACACGCAGACUACGUCAACGAUGACCAGAAGGUCCGCACUCUGCUCACCUCGACCAUCAACAGUAUUAAGAAGAUCCUGAAGAAACGAGGAGAUGACUUUGAGACUGUUUCCUUCUGGCUGGCAAACACCUGCCGCUUCUUACACUGUCUGAAACAAUACAGCGGAGACGAGGCCUUCAUGAAGCACAACACAUCCAGGCAGAAUGAACACUGUCUGUCCAACUUCGACCUGGCAGAGUACAGACAGGUGAUCAGCGACCUGGCUAUCCAGAUCUACCAGCAGCUCAUCAAAUGCAUGGAGAACAUCCUGCAGCCCAUGAUAGUUUCUGGCAUGCUGGAACACGAGACCAUCCAAGGUGUGUCGGGGGUGAAGCCCACCGGUCUCCGAAAGCGGACGUCUAGUAUCGCUGACGAGGGCACCUACACCCUGGACUCCAUCCUGCGGCAGCUCAGCGCCUUCCACUCCACCAUGUGCCAGCACGGCACCGACCCCGAGCUCAUCAAGCAGGUGGUGAAGCAGCAAUUCUACAUCAUCGGAGCCGUCACCCUCAACAACCUGCUGCUGCGCAAAGACAUGUGCUCCUGGAGCAAAGGCAUGCAGAUCAGGUACAAUGUGAGCCAGCUGGAGGAGUGGCUCAGAGACAAAGGUCUGAUGGUAUGCGGAGCCAAGGAGACUCUGGAGCCUCUGAUCCAGGCCGCUCAGCUGCUGCAGGUGAAGAAAAAGACUGACGAGGACGCCGAGGCCAUCUGCUCCAUGUGCCAGGCCCUCACCACUGCUCAGAUCGUGAAGGUCCUGAACCUCUACACUCCAGUCAACGAAUUUGAGGAGAGAGUGUCGGUUGCAUUCAUACGAACCAUACAGACUCGUUUGCGAGACCGCUGUGAGAGUCCCCAGUUGUUGAUGGACACGAAGAUGAUUUAUCCGGUCACUUUCCCAUUCAGCCCUUCAUCCCUCGCCCUGGAAACCAUCCAGAUCCCCAGCUCGCUCAACCUUGCCUUCCUCACCCGUGUUUAAACACUCCCAAAAUUAGGAUUUGUAUGAUCACAAUUUAUGUCCCCCCCCCCAAAAAAAAAAAAAAGAAUUGAAAAGUCUCAAAGAGCUGCUAAUUUGAAACACGAUAUCCAGUUCUCCAUCCAGAACACACAUGCAGAAACACACACACACACAUGCUGAACUGUCAACAUGCAUCUGUACAAUACUUCCUCUGAGCGUACACGUGCACGCCUACACCCACUUGCACCUUCUCUCUUACAAAAACGCACAAAUGCACCCACAGUCGCCGCCGCCGGUACAAAUCUGGCCGUAAAACGCCACCGUCAGUCCGCCGCUUGUAUAAACGCCUGCCCCUUAGAGAAACCACAGGACCAGAUCGACGCCUCCAGUACUCUCUGUCCGUCCGCCGACACCUGGGUCUGGUCACCCCAGCUCCCUCCUCUGUGUUUCAACUAGAUGUUAAGAUAGUUCUUGUCAUCGUCUCGUUCUCCGGUGAGAAUGUAUGUAUGGACACACAGGAGCAGGCCCGAAAGGAGGCGUGGAGGAAAAACUUGAUACAGUGCGCUGUAGUCUAGCUUGAUAUGUUGGGUCUCCGUUUGAUAGAAAAAUUAGUCCCAGCACGAAGCCAGAUGAGAAAGUUAACUCUCUCCACGCCAUGUUGAGGCAACAUGGGACCAGGCUUCAUUCUUCUCUGAACACAGUCAAGCCAAGACAGAACUCAUUGUCUGUACUAUAUUAUUUAUACAUAUAUAAAUAUAUAUAAAUAUUCAUAAUAUAUAUCAUGUAUUUUAUUUAUUGCAUUCAACUCCUUCACGUCUCCGCCCCUCCCUUUUUAAGAUUAGAAGCUUUCUUAGCAGAACUCGUGUCCGAAAGAUAUGAAGGACGGGACCACCGUUUCCCAGAUGAACAGCUUUGUAGGUUUUUUUGUUGUUGUUGUUUUUUUUUAGUUUUAGCUCUAUUGUACGCUAUUUAUGUGGAUAUCAGGUAAAUGACAUAGGAUAGUUUAAGGAGUGCAGGCACAGGUGAUUAUCUGCUAGAUCACGUCUUAAAAAUAGAGAUGUCGCUCUGUCAUGUUUUCUCCUACAUUUCAGGCAGAUGAAGUGUAGCGCGGGUUUUAACUGAGAAGGAGAUUCAGAAGGUAUGCGAGGGUUUCGACCUGCUACGAUCUCGAACUGUUUACAGCUGUGACCAGCGACAAUCACUGGCACAAAGAUAUUUACUCAAUCACACACAGAAGUACACUACAUUCUUCUUACUGCUGUACAACCUGAGGAGGUUUGCGCUCCCACAGCCUUCCUCUCUCUCUCCACUCGCAGCUCUAGUCAGAGCUUUGAAGAUGUUUUACGAUUAUCAAUGUGGAAAUUAUUUAUUUCAGUAUUGUCAUUUUCUCGAGUGACGAGAGUUAUGUAUAUCGUUAAAAGCCAUGUAUCACCGAGCAGAGAGCUAGCCUCAGAUCCGUCCAGCUUUACAACGUUGUCUUAUGCUUUAUUCCCUCAUCGGACACUCGCUGCAGCUUUGUCGACUGAUCCCUCUCCUCUCCUACAUGCCUUCCUGUCUCGUGGCAGACAUGGGCUUUUGUUACUAAAAACAGCAGAAUAUGUGGGAAAUUUGCGCUCUUUUCGCGUCUCAACUGCACCGUAGGACUAAGUUCAGGGUUUGGAAGAUAUUUUUUGCCUUUUUUCUGUUCGGUGCACAGAUUGUUUUGGUUCAGAUAUCCUCACAUAUACGGUAGCUGCUUUCAAAAGGCUGAGGGUGAGAUUGCACCACAGACAUUAUGUGUCUACAGUGUGGUAUGAAAACUGCACAGGCUGCACUGCUUCUGCUUCGUCUAACCUGCAUGGUGCUUGGCUUUACCCAACGUUACCAGAGUUACCAGAUAUCAAACCGCAUGCUUGUGUGUUAAUUUUGAAUUGUACAAAGCAACUUCGGUGCAGUUGAGAGUCGUUGGACGAGUGUCAGGGAAUCUGCCCACGUUGUGACAGAAAGUCCUCGUCUGUCUGCGUUCACGUCGUCCUCGCUGCCUCGUGUUCAAGCUCUUUUGUUUGUUUACUUUCCUGCUGUGCCGUUAGUAUUAACAGUCGACCAGUUUUGCCUCUUGCCCUCAUGUGAACAUUACUUUUGCCUCGUAAACCUUAACCGUACCCAUUUUUUUGUUUGUUUUUAUUUAAGGUGCUUACAUAUUUAGAAGAUUCUGAACGGUCACCAAAACUGGACGUUUUUGAUUUCAUAUUUUUUAAUAAAUUGAAAGAAUGAUUCUUCGGAAGUAGCUGACCAACCAAGGAAGUGCUGAUCAAAAUGUUUUCGCAGUCACGAGAGCCGGUGAGGUUUCUCAUUAAACACCUGGCUCUCUUUGUGACGGGCUGCAGACAAAAAAAAAACAAAUUGUAAGUGGAGUAAAGAGAAGUUAGUGUGUGAAGGUGUUUUUUUGUGUUGCACUUGUGUUUGAACAGAAUUUGAUAAUGCUCUCAUGGGGACCACAUGUUAUCAAUCUGCCUUUUUGUUUUAUAUUUUGGACUAAUAUGUAGUUUAAAGUCGUGUAAAGAGUACAUAUCUGCAGGUCGCGGUGAGAAAGACGAAGGUCACCGAAGGAAACAAGUAACCACAUGAAUGUUUAAAACUGUUAAUAAAGUGUGUCAUGAUUUUAGCUGCACAUUGUGGACAAAGCCUUAUCUGAAUUAUUUGCAAUCUGAAUGACUUUCAACAUAUGAUCAACAUUGUGGCAUUGUUUUGUUCUGUCAGUGUUUUCCCAACCCUCCUGCUGUAAAGUGAAUAUAAAUUGUUAAAUGUGUUUGUUUUCUUUUGAUAAGGUGUCCUUUUGUCCUUCAGCUGGUGUCACAGAUGGGUUGCACUUGUUAGCCAUCAGUCAAAAUGCACUUUUGUUUUUUUGGGUUUUUUUUUAGACGAUGCUGAGGAGGUCAGAUGAGUAAGAGAUGGAUAUGGACUGAAAUGCUUUGCGUUUAAGAGCCUUUCUUCCUUUUUGAUUCCUGAACUGUGGCCCGUUAAUCUUCCUCCACCACAUUCCCUGUGUGAGCGGGCGCCUCGCUGUCUCUAUCAGUGAUUUUCUUUUCUUUGAGCCACAGGUAAAAAAAAAAACAUUUGUGAAUUUCCUCAAUGCAGCACCUACUUGGGGUCAAACCAUCCCGGAGAGUGCAGAGUGAAGGCUGGCCUAGAUUCAGAGAAGAACAAAAAAAAAACAAACACACACACACAUCCAUGCAUUGGUCGGUUUUGUUGAGCAGAGCUGCGGCGUCUCAAACAGGAGGGGAAAAAGUCAUUCCUUCACUCUGCGUUUUUACAUUAAGGAGAGAGUUGGUUGUACGAUACGACGUAGACAUUAUAAAUGACCAUCGUUCUUAUCAGCACUAGCAUUGAUUGUGCCAUUUUAAACAAAAAAAUACAAAUGUUGAAAACAAAAAAAAGAUAUCAUCCCCUGCUGUUGGAGGUACUGGCACCUACACGCUGAAGUCAGUCACCAAAAUGUUUCCCUCUCUGACCCAUGUGUACAUUUGACAAACUGGACUGUUUGUAGUUUCUGGUAGCUGUGCUUAGUGAAUGUGUUCACCGUUAAGAAACUAAGAAACUUGGAAUAAAUUGUCAAAUCUGUAAAAGUAAAAUAAAAGAAUUCAGCACUG